AUGGCGGGCACAACUAAUCCGCAACCACAUCGCGAGACGAUAAACUCCGAAAAACAGCCAGAGACGUCUCCUGAGAGGCCUAUCGAUGAGAAACAUCCAGCACCGCAUUCGGCACCAUCACUCGACACCUUCAACACACUGACGGCCAACCACGAAACGAACGAGUCUCACAGCCUUGUCUCACCUUCUGAGCAGCGCGCCAACGCAACCCGCUUCAACGAUGACCUCGAACUCCUCCGUAUCGAGCGUGCAGUAUCCCAGGAGGAGCAGGAUGGCCAUUCAAAACGCGUCCACCAUGUGGAACCUGAGGAUGCCUUCAACCAACCUAUGCCCUCCGAGACGUUCCAUCCCGAGAAGAAAAAGGACUCCGAUGCCACCUUGGUUAAGUUUUGGGUAUUUCUUCGCAAGUUUCCUCGAUUCUUCCGCUACCUGGUGUACGUCUUCCCUGGAGCGGCUCUCCUUUUGAUCCCGGUCCUUCUCGGCGCUCUCGCAUUCAACACCCAGGACCGUGCUGUUGGUGGCACUGGCGGAGUCUAUAUAAUGUGGUUCGGCAUAUGGCUCGAGAUUGUCUGGGGUUCUCUCUGGGUGUCACGGAUGAUUACCAGUCUGAUGCCAUGGACCUUUCAGGCUGUCGCCAAACUCUUUGGAUCAACUACAUCCAAGAAGUGGAGGGACAUCGGUGCCGAGCUUGACCUUCACACGGCCCUCUUCCUCUGGAUGCUCGCCGUCUUGAUUUCUUUUAUGCCAACGAUCAAUGAUCACCGGGUCCCUUCUAAACCAGAAGUCGAACAAAAGUGGAUUGGUAUAGUCAAUAAGGUCAUAAUUGCUCUAUUCACCUUGGCCACACUCAACUUUGUGGAGAAGAUCCUCAUUCAAUGGAUCGCCACUUCAUUCCACCAGCGUACCUAUGCUACCCGCAUCGACAACAACAAAGCUGACAUCAGCCAACUCGUCGAACUCUUCGAGUACGCGAAGGCCCAUAACGAGGAGCCGGACUACUUCUGGCAGCGCGGCACCAGCGCCUCGGCCAGUGGUACUCAGACCCCGAUGCAGACCCUGCAGGACAACGCACGCCAGGCGUUGAGCAAAGUUGGUUAUGUUGCCGGUCGUGUCGGCAACGACUUGAUUGGCCGCAAAGUGAAUAACAACCACCCUCGCAAGGUCGUAUCCGAAUUGCUGCGCACGACAGCCUCAGCUCAGACUCUUGCUCGACUCAUCUAUCGGAGCGUCGUAAAGGAUGGCCGUGAGCUUGUCUACCUCGAGGAUCUGCAAGCUAUUUUCCAUACGGAGGAAGAGGCCGAGUGUGCGUUUUACUUGUUCGACAAGGACCUGAACGGCGAUAUCUCCCUGGAGGAGAUGGAGGCUGUGUGCAAUGAGAUUCACCUCGAGAAGAAGGCAAUUGCGGCUUCCCUGAAGGAUCUCGACUCCGUCAUUAAGAAACUCGACAAAGUCUUCCUGUUCGUCAUCUUCGUCAUCACCGUUGUCGUCUUCAUUUCGAUUCUUUCGGGUUCUGCUGCCGCCGCCCUUGGCUCCGCAGGCACCGUGGUUUUGGGUCUUGCAUGGGUGCUCCAAGCGACGGCACAGGAGUUCCUCCAAUCCAUCAUCUUCGUUUUCGUCAAGCACCCCUUCGAUGUCGGCGACCGUAUCACAGUCUAUGGUAAUACCGGCGCUACAAUGACGGGUGACGAUUAUUAUGUCACGGAGAUAUCUCUUUUGUACACUGAGUUUAAGAAAAUGGAAGGCCACAUCGUGCAGGCUCCUAACUCACUUCUCAACACUCUCUUUAUUCUCAACCAGCGUCGAUCUAACGGCUUAGCCGACCCCGUUCAGCUCAAGAUGCGCUUCGGAACCCCUGCUCAUAUGAUCGAUGAGCUGAAGGCUCGGAUGCUCGACUUUUGCUUGGCCAAUAAGCGGGACUACCAACCCCGUAUCAUCAGCGAGAUGCGAACCCUUGACGAGGUGCGGUCUUGCACCAUGAACAUUAUCUUCUUCCACAAGAGUAACUUCCAGAACGAGUUGCUGCGCCUUAACCGACACAACAAGUUUUGCACGGAGCUCAUGACACAGAUGGUGGAUAUCGGCAUCCAGGCCCCCUACCGAGUUGACCCCGGUGGUAGCCGCGAGCACCCUAUGUUCUGGACAGGCCUGCAACCGCCUCCUGCAUAUGGAAAAGAUCAGAGCCAGGACAAUUAUGAGGCCCCGCCGGUCUCUCGUUCAAGGUCAACGUACAGCCGCGCCGAACGAGCGGAGCGAGCGGAGCGAGCAGAUCGAGCGGCGUUGGACACGAACAUGGACUUCCAGGAUGUGUUUGAGACGCGAAAGGAGCAGGUUCAGGCACACCGCCUAGCAUCUAUCAGGGAAAAGGACCACGCUUUUCAGGCGGAGCAGGAUGCGUCACCACGAGCGAGCUCGUCGGGCCUCGAACGUGUGCGGACAUCAGAGAGUCGAUCACGCAUGUUUGGUAGCCGGUUACGGAGCAAGUCGAAAAGUCAAAGACAGGGUGAUAUUGUCUGA